CGCAUGCGCCUCUUUUCCCGACCUUUCCUUACCCACGAUGCCCCUCGUCCCUCCGUAAAGAUCAAAAUGGCGACGAGGGUACCAGUGGCUUCAGGCAGGCUUCUGUUCAAUGUACGCAAAUGGUACUACAACCUGAGCGGCUUCAACAAGAUUGGUUUGAUGCGGGACGACACGAUAUAUGAGGACAACGACGUGAAGGAGGCCCUGCGCAGGCUCCCGGAGAAUGUUUACAUUGACCGCAUGUUCCGCAUCAAGAGAGCUCUGGAUCUGUCCAUGAAGCAACAGAUCCUCCCCAAGGAUCAGUGGACAAAAUACGAGGAGGAUGAGCACUACCUGAUGCCGUAUCUAGAGGAGGUCAUCCGCGAGAGGAAAGAAAAAGAGGAAUGGAUGAAGAAAUGAAUGAAAGCGAGCAAUCUGGGCCACUUAAUCGUUGCAUGUUGUAUUUAAAAUGAAAUCAAAGCCUAUAUCGUCAUUAAAAUGUACAUUUUGAAACAAG